GGUUACUACUUGUACAGAGCUGGUGGCAGCCCCAAGGUUGCCGAGAAGGAGAUGGAGCACGAUGCUGCCCGCCUCUCGAGAUCAACAAAGGAUGAGCUGCCCGGCCGUGCCAAGGAGCUCAAGACCGAGGCAAAGGUCUACGGCGAGCAGAUUGGUCAGAAGAUUGAUGGCGCCGUCAAGGACGCCCGCGAAAAGACCCGCGAGUUCGACGCCAAGUUCGAGUCGUACCGCGCCGACGCAGAAAAGAACAUCGACCAAUACAGAAAGGAGGCCAACAAGGAGUUUAACAGCGCUGUUGACACCUUUGACAAGAAGGUCGGUGAUGCCGCUGCCAACGCAAAGGCCACUGUCGAGGCCAAUGCCGAGAAGGCAAAGAGCGGUUUCUCCAGCUGGUUCGGCGGCAAGUAA